AUGAUGGUCUCUUCCAAGGUCUCCCUCAUUGCUACCUCAACUGCUCGACGCUUGUUUUCCAGUAUGAGUGCAGCUAUGGAAGGACGCCGUCCGGUGGCAUUGUUCCUCAAUGCUUCCCGCUUGGACUAUGACAACAAGCUAGACUUUUCUCGGAUUCAAGCCCUGUGUGAUUUUCAGCGCCACGAUACCGACAUAGUGAAGGAUCUGGAUGAAAUGGUGUCACUGGUAGAGAAACACCAAGCUGAAAUUGUCAUCACCAAGGAAAUGCCGGUCCCCGAAGAAGCCUUUCGACGAUUUCCGGACUCUGUGAAAUUACUCUGUGAAGCAGGAACUGGAUACAACAAUUUGCCAAUCCAGGCAGCGCGGGAACGCAAUGUUCCCGUCUGCAACUGCCCCACGUAUUCCACUGAUGCCGUGGCGCACAUGGCCAUUACCUACCUCAUGAACUUUUCUGUCAGCAUGUUUGACCAGCAACGCAUGCUUUGGGAAGACAAUCGGGCCAAUUUCACAGGUCCUUUUACAUUGCCACUGUCGGAAAUUAAUGGCAAGACGCUGGGGCUUGUCGGUGGCGCAGGAAAGAUUGGAACCAAAGUAGCCCAAGUUGGUCUGGCAUUGGGAAUGAAUGUGAUCAUUAGCAGUCGAAAACCAACCUUGCCAGAAGGACAUGCCUUGAGCGACAAUCCACGUGUGACGGUUUGCACCUCGGAAAAUGUGGGAACAUUGCUUUCUCAAUCAGAUUAUGUGAGCUUGCAUACGCCCUUGAACGAUCAAACCCGUGGGACGUUUGGAAGAGCACAAAUAUCGCAAAUGAAACAAUCAGCAUUUCUCAUCAAUACAUCACGAGGAGCUGUAUGCAACGAGGAGGAACUGAUUGGAUGUAUGAAAGAAAAGAUGAUUGCAGGAGCAGGACUGGAUGUGACAACCACCGAACCGCCACCCAUGGAUAGCGAGUUGUGGAACUUGCCCAAUGUUUUUCUAUCUCCGCACACUGGAUGGCGCCGCAUUGAAACACGACAACGCCUGGUCACCAUGACAGCUGAAAACAUUGAGGCGUACUGUCAAGCCAACAAUAAGGAGGAAGCCAUGAUCAAUAUCGUGAAUUAA